AUGGAGUCGAUGCAUACGCCCUUCUUCUGGGGGAAGGAUGUGGAGGUGUGGUUCAAUGGGUGGCCAGAGGGCAGGCUGGCCAUGUACUUCCUCUCCCUGGUCCUGGUAUUUGUUCUCUCCCUGUUGUACGAGUGGCUCAGCGUCUGCAGGUUCUUGUCUCGGCCAGACGCGCCGAGGGCAGCUUCAGGCCUUCUGCAGACACUCCUCCACGGACUGCGCAUGGGUGUCGGCUACCUGGUGAUGCUGUCCAUCAUGACCUUUAACGUCGGCAUCCUUCUGGUUGCCAUCUCUGGCCACGUAGUGGGCUUCUUCUUGUUCGGCAGCGGCGUCUUUAGUCGACUAAACAAAGACAGAGGCGAUAAACAUAAGAACGGACUGCCCACAAAUCCUUAG